GUUCCCAUUAUAUUUUACUGCAAUUCAUUUUGGUCCCUCAAAUAAUGAAAGUUCUUCUAAUCACGGAGCUGAAGUUCUUGAAAAAAUGGCAGAGAUUGCACAAACAUAUCAUGAUAUUAGAUCUUCUAGUAAUUUACAAUGUAAAUAUAUAAAGACACCUA